GCACAGGCGCAGCCAGACCCUAAGCUCACUUCUGAGCUCAAGCGGCUGCGCGAGGAAGUUGCUCAGCUACGGAAGAAGGAUGUCGCUCCCAAGCCCGAGAGUGAUGCCAUGGACGUCGACGCGGGCAAGGACAGCGAUGCAGAAGCUCGGAAGGAGCUCGGGGACAUCACGGAGAAGCUGCAGAAG